AUGGAUCAUCCAAUGAUGCAGCGUCUGCUGGAUGUGAAGUUCGACACCAAACGCUUCGUCUCGCUUGUCACUCAUGGCGGUGAGAAUUUUCCGGAUAAGGAAGGGCGAAAGUUUAUCGCUGAACACUUCGACAUCACGAUUCAAGCUUCCAUACUGUAUGUACUUGUUGUAUUCGGAACGAAAUUUUUAAUGCGAAAUCGUCAACCGUUCUCACUAUUUGUGCCCCUGAACAUUUGGAACUUCACUUUGGCCGCGUUUUCUAUUAUGGGAAUGAUCAAGCUGACGCCGGAGUUCUGGAGCACUGUUUUCGAUAAGGGAUUCCAAAAUUCCUAUUGUUUUGCUUACGAUUUCACGAAAGGUGAAAAUGGUUAUUGGGUGUUCCUUUUCAUAGUAUCAAAACUUUUCGAGCUCGUCGAUACUGUAUUUAUUGUUCUCCGGAAACGGCCACUCAUGUUCCUCCACUGGUAUCACCACAUCCUCACUGGUAUUUAUGCUUUCUAUUCCCAUCCUCACACUCCCGGAUUUAAUCGAUAUGGGAUCUACCUCAACUACACUGUUCACGCAUUUAUGUACAGCUACUACUUCUUGCGUUCAAUGAAAAUCAACGUUCCCGGUAUUGUUGCCAAGUUUAUAACCACUCUGCAGAUACUUCAGUUUGUAAUUUCGUGCGCUAUUCUGGCACAUAUUGGCUAUCUCGUGCACAUCGCAGGGGUCCCCUGCGACUUCGACGAUAACAUCUUCAUUCUGGCAACAUUCAUGGAUACAACAUACUUGAUUCUCUUCAUUAACUUCUUCCUCAAGUCAUACGUGUUGCGUGGUGGUAAAUCGAAAUACCAAGCAGUUCAGUCGAAAUCCAAGAAGACGAACUAA